GGCUCCGUGAACCGAGGACGAGUCGACAAGAGAGGAGAGAGGGAAAAAAAAAGUUGCCAAAAGUUUUCCCAAGGCUGAGGGAUAAUUUGUUCAGGAGGAAAACCGAAGUUUCACCGCCGAACCAAGAAGAGAAAGAUGCCAGGUGAAAGGUUAACAGUGCGAGGCACAUCAGAGAUCGGACGCUUCCACGGAGCUUCCCCGCCCACCAGGGUGGAGCUCACCAUUCAGAAUGAGGGGGAGAAGAAGGAGGAGAGCAGCUGCAAGCGCUGGUUCAGGAAGAUGUGCUGCUGCAAGCGCCAGAACGGCACGUCCUACGACGUUACUGACAAGGUGGAACUGACCAAACCAUCAACCCCCGCUCCAUUAAUCUCAGAUCCCCCCAAGCCAAAGCCUGAGAACGGAGAAGCAAAAGAAUUUGAAGAAGUUAAGUUGGCGGUGUGUUCGGUGGACCUUCUGAGUUCCAAGACGGGUCAAAACCGACAGGAGCAUCACACCGACCUCUAUCACGGAGACGAGCUGAUCGUCCGCCGAGGACAGACCUUCCAGGUGGAGCUGGAGCUCAACAGGGCCUUCAGUGCCGACACUGACAAGCUGCACCUGGACCUGAGGACAGGUCCGCUGCCCCUGGUGUCUAAAGGCACUCACGUCAUCAUCCCACUGGUGGAGGACCUGAAGGAAUCGCGCUGGGCGGCAAAGAUUAUCGAGGAAACCGGAAACAAGAUCAAGCUCUCCGUCAGCUCUCCGCCCAACGCCGUGAUCGGCCUGUACGGCCUCACUGUCACCACCAGCCCUCUGAAGGGCGAGGGGGCCACGACUUUCACCUCCAGCGAGAACGUGGUGGUGCUCUUCAACCCUUGGUGCGAAGCGGACACCGUGUUCCUGGACGACGAGGAGGAGAGGAAGGAGUACGUGCUGAACGACACCGGGAGGAUUUACUACGGCACUGAGAAACAAAUUGGUGCUCGGACGUGGAACUUCGGCCAGUUUCAUGAGGGAAUCCUGGAAGCAUGCUUGUUUAUCUUGGAGAAGAGUGAAAUGCCACCAUCUGGUCGUGGGGAUCCUGUUAACGUGGUCAGAGUCAUUUCCGCCUUGAUAAACGCUCAGGAUGACUUGGGCGUUCUCGUCGGGAACUGGUCCGGGAAUUACGCCGACGGCGUCUCCCCUGCUGCGUGGAGCAGCAGCGUGGAGAUCCUGAGGAAAUACCACGCCUCCAAUGGCACGCCUGUGUCCUACGGACAGUGCUGGGUCUUCUCUGGGAUCACCACAACAGUGCUGCGCUGUUUGGGCAUCCCUGCUCGCAGCGUGACCAACUUCCAGUCUGCUCACGAUACCGAUGUGUCGCUCACGACCGACGUGUACUUCGACGAAAACCUGGAGCCGAUCGACUACCUCAACAGUGACUCUGUAUGGAACUUCCACGUGUGGAACGACUGCUGGAUGGCCAGACCGGACCUGCCUCCCGGUCACGGCGGCUGGCAGGCGGUGGACUCCACCCCCCAGGAGACCAGUCAGGGCACCUUCCGCUGCGGCCCCGCCUCCGUCAACGCCAUCCGCUCCGGCCAGGUCUACCUCAAACACGACUCGCCUUUCGUCUUUGCUGAGGUGAACAGUGAUAAGAUCUACUGGCAGAGGAACCUGGACGGCACGUUCACUCAGUUCCACAGUGAGAAGAAAGCUGUGGGCCACUGUAUCAGCACCAAGGCUGUGGGCUCCGACGAGCGUGCGGACAUCACACACCUGUACAAACAUCCAGAGGAUUCAGAAGAGGAACGCAUUGCUGUGGAGACUGCGAGCCGCUAUGGCAGCAAGCCCGAGGUUUACGCCUCGCCCCUGGCUGAGGAUGUGUCUGUGGAGGUGAAGAUGGACGGCGAGGGGCCCAGGAUGGGCGCCGACGCUCAGCUGAACAUCGUGGUGAAAAACCAGAGCUCAGAGCCCCGCCGGGCGACGCUACACAGCCAGGUGGCCGUCAUGUACUACACGGGCGUGCUGAAGGGCGCCAUCAAGAAGGAAGAAAUCUCUGUGGAGCUGUUGCCCAAUGAAGAGAAGUCGAUCGAAUGGGUCCUGCCCUACCAGCAGUAUCAGAACCAGCUGGUGGAUCAGGCCGCCCUCAUGCUGACUCUGUCUGGAAAAGUCAAUGAGACCAAGCAAGUACUGGCCAACCAGACGACCUUCAGACUGCGAACGCCUGACCUCAACAUCACGCCUCUGGGAGAAGCUGUGGUUGGUAAAGAGAUGGCAGCAAAGAUAACCUUCACCAACCCGCUGCCACGCACGCUGAAGGACGUGGUGUUCAGAGUGGAGGGCCUGGGCCUGCAGAAGGGCCAUGAAGUGGUUGUAGGGGACGUCAGCGGUCACUCCACAGUCACACUCACGGAGCACUUCAUCCCGACGCAGCCCGGCCAGAGGAAGCUGGUCGCAUCUCUGGACUGCAAACAGCUCACACAAGUCCAUGGAGUGGCGGACAUCGUUGUUCUUGAGAAAUGAGUGGGAUCCAAAAAGUUUCUGCUUCUACUAAAAUUACUUUCUCUUUAUAGUAUACAAACCGAGAGCCUCUAGAUAUAUGAAGUGUGCCAAGUAUCUUAAACUAUCGUUUUUACUUAGUAUCUAUUUUUGAUAUCUCAAAACUAUGAACUUUUAACAACUGUUGUCAGUAUUAUUUUGUAACUUUGAAUAUUAUGAAUUUACUCCAUUGUGUGUCACUGUAGUGAAAUACGCAGCUGCAUUUCGAUAUGAGCACACCAAACACAUCAUGCUGAAGUUUUAAAUCUGCAACACUAGUGCAUUUCGAGACACUGAAGAAAGCAUGUGAAAGUGCAUGAAGUCAGGUCUUUUUGUAAUCGUGUGAGUACCGUCACUGCAUCACUCUUACUGUUAGUCAUAAUGUGAAAAGAGAAGUCCGACAACAUGAACCUCACAUGGCUUAAAUGAAGGAAGGAUGAUUGUGAAAUGUUUGAAAAGGGUUUAAAUUGGAGGUGAAAGGAGUUUUUUUUUAGAAUUAGAUCUCAACACAAAUUUGGCAAGUCCGGAAACUUCAUCUUUAAAAGACGACAAAAAACUAAAAAGUCUCGUAUUCCCUGGCGAAUGUUGCUCUGCUUGUGUGUUUGGUUACUGUGUGUGUGCAGUUACACUGGCAUCAACUUUACAGCAAAGUGUGGUUCACCCUCAUAUCUGAGCUCACUGUCCUAAUUCACCUUUUAUAACUUCAGCACUUCAAGUACAAUGUGAAGGAAAUCCUUUUACCACUAUCAUAUUAUUUAUCUACCUGGAAUCUUUUUUUUUUUUUUUUUUUUUUUAAUGUAUCACUUGUGUUGUGUCAGUAAUAAAGCUCACCCUUUAAUGACGA